ACAGCCUUUAUAUGAUAAAUUUUACCUGGCGUUUUCAGUUCACUUAAGAGAUUCGUUUUUAUUACACCUAAGGUGUUUUUUUUUAAUCAUGCAGCCAUAUCUUGCUAUAGUGUUGGUUUUCGCCGGCUGUUGUAGUAAUGUUGUCUUUCUGGAAUACCUCGUAAGUUCUUUUCCUGGGAGUGGCAAUAUCAUCACAUUUUCACAGUUCCUGUUUAUAGCAGUAGAAGGUUUCAUAUUCACCUCAAAGUUUGGUACCAAGAAAUCUGCUAUACCAAUUAAACAAUAUAUUUUCAUGGUGUGUUUCUUCUUUGUGGUGCAAGUGUUAAACAACUAUGCCUUCACAUUUAAUAUCUCCAUGCCUCUCCAAAUGAUCUUCAGGGCGGGUUCCCUGAUGGCUUCACUAACUCUUGGAGUUAUGCUUAAAGGACGGCAGUAUACCAAAGGAAAAUAUGUUUCCGUGACACUCAUCACUAUUGGUAUAAUCAUGUGUACUAUAGCAUCUUCUCAGGUAAAGGAGUCAGUGCCUUCCAAUGAAGGUGAAGAUUUGUACAGCUUUACAAUGUGGACAGCAGGAAUUGUUUUUUUGACCACUGCCCUGUUCCUGUCUGCUGGCAUGGGCCUAUUCCAGGAGUCUGUUUAUUCUAAGUAUGGCAAACAUCCCAGGGAGGCACUCUUUUUUAAUCAUGCUCUUCCAUUGCCUGGUUUUCUACUACUGAUGAACAAUAUAAAGGACCACGCACUGCUCUUCAAUCAAACAGAACAUUUAGAAUUGAUAGCUGGUAUCACUGUUCCACGGAUGUGGUUUUUCCUGGCUGCUAAUGUUUUAACACAAUAUGUAUGUAUCCGGUCAGUAUUUGUCCUGACAACAGAGUGUAAAGCCUUGACCGUCACACUGGUAGUCACGUUACGUAAGUUUGUCAGCUUACUGUUCUCUAUCUGGUACUUUGAGAAUGAGUUCACACUUGUUCACUGGCUUGGGUCCAUGUGUGUGUUCUUGGGAACGCUGAUGUUCACAGAAGUCAUCCCACUACCAGCAGCUCUGGCAGGCCAGCCGCUCUCUGAAAAGGACAAGAAGAAAUAACACUCAAGGAUCUUAGGAUUUCAUCUGUUUAUAGUUUUGGUCACGGAAAUACUUCAGUUGAUGCCAUUGGGAUUUCAGGAAACCUACAUGACACAUAACAGCAUAUCUUUUAACUUAAACCUGUAAUCUCAUUGAUAUUCAAGUUGAAUGUAUUUUAAUAUGUAAUUUAAUUAGAGCCUUAAUUUUUUUAUGUACUUAUUUCUGUCCUAAGUUUGUCUAUCAGCUUAACAGACAUGUCAGGGAUGUUUAGAAAUAUUUGAACAAUCAACAAGGGUUCAAAUACUACAAUGGUGAUAUGACUUGUAGUUCACCAUGGUGAAAUGCACCACAUCAUGUUAAUGUGAAGCUGCCUCAAUUUUUUAACAAGUUUGACUUCCAACCUUGUGAAGUCAAAACUAGGUCGCUGAUGCUAUAAAUAAAAAUCAACAGAAAUUUACAUGUCACCACUCUACAAAACACAAACAUCACUUCUUGUACCAGUUUGACUUCAAACACUAGGUCACUGUGUUACUAUAAAUAGAAACUAACCAAAUUUUUAUGUCAUAGCACUAAAAAAUCCAUAGCUUCUCCAAUCUGUAACAAACAUUACACAUGAGUUCACAAGUUUUGAACUUUGGUAGUUUAAAAACUAGGUCAACUUUAUUAAAAAUAAAAUUGGCUGAAAUUUGGAUGUCACUGCUCUACAGGCUGCAAUUUGACUACCAGGCAACUUCAUUUGUGACAUUAAUAAACACCAAAUGAAUUUCAUCCAUGUAAAACACUUACCAGCAGCAUAGCGAGUCACCUACCAUCAUUUUGGUAGUUUAUAUCUAAACCACAGACAUUCAAGUCAUCAAACAGGCACCAUCUUCCAGUGUUACACAUACCACAUUGCUAUUUAUACAAUAUUUAAAUAAAAGCUACACAAGUUUACUUAUUUAUAGUAACUCUAACCUACAUUUGCACUGCAGAAUGUACAAUUCAAACACUAACAAGAGGUGAUGUUUGGUAGUGUGUAGGUUUCCAUUUACUCUAACUAUGUCAUACAAAUUUGAGGCACCAGGGUAUUUGCAUCAUGUGAAUACGUUGUUACUAUGGGCUUCAUUUUACCAUACUACAUCGGUACCUCUUCUAAUUAAUUAAUUAAUAUUUUUCAGCAAUCCUUUGUAACUUGAUAUAUAUAAAUCUAUACAUAUAAAUAAUAACUCCGUAGGUUUUUAAAUAAAGCAUCAUUGACCCUCGAAUUUUUAUACGAGGGUCGUUUCCAGUUGGGGAACAGUAGUAAUGCUGAACGGGUCAUUUUAAGGCUAAUUUACAAUCAAUCAUCACAGCACAAUAAACAAUUACUGUGUUUGUUAGUGCAUCGUUCAGGAAUUAACUGAUCUAAAUAAAAAAUAUCUGUUGACAAUCACAUAGAUAAUUGACAGAUCAUCUUUGAAUUCAAAGUAAUAAUGUUUAUAUGAAUUGUUCUUUAUUAACCAAUCACAAUAGUUCUUGCUCAACUGUUUGUGGUCUUCAAAAACAAGUUGAUGACUAAAUGUGAUAAUGGUGCCAGUAUGUCACUUUGCUUGUUAUUUUAAGUUAUAUGGUAUAUUGUUAAAUGAUUGAAAUGUCAGCUUUAGUUUACAAUUAUACUGAACAGUACUGAACAGUGUUACAUGUAGGUGGAAUUACAUCCAGGCAUUGGGUUAUUGUUGUAGCUGUUAAUUCAAUAAAAUAAUUGCAAUGCAUUUUUGGUACAACCACUGGAACAUUUCAAUUGUAUUGACAGUACAAGGUAUGAAAAUUGAGUAAGUGUAUCAAUGUUUAUCUAUAUUCAGAGCUAGUGCUAAUUCAAAGUUAUCUACAUGGAUAUAUAUGAUCUACUGUAAAUUAUCAUCAUGUAUGAUCUAUGUUCAUACAUAAGAGAGGUGAUCAAGGACAAUUUAUCACAAAUUAAUUGUGAUCCAGUUAUCACUAAAUUUAGUAUGUCAUGAAAGAAUGUUGAUUUACAGUAUGGUGUCAUUGCAACCAAAGAUACCUCGUGGAAUUGUACAGUAUUGAUAGGUUAAUCUGUCAAGAGUUCUUUAUCUAGAAUCUACUUGGAAGGAGAGUUGAGGGUAUAGAAAUAUAAUACUAUUACUUAUAUGGGAUUAACAUAGUGUUUAACAAUCUUCAAACAGUUUGAAGUUAAUCAGUAUCCCUUAAUACAAAAAUUGUAGGGUUUUUUCCAGUUUUUAGAUAUAUAAUUGGGCAUUUAACCAACUGGUGAACAUUUUCUCUUCUUAUAUUUAGGGCUUUUCACUAAGUGGUGAAAAGACCUAUUGUUUUUCUUCGGUUUCUUAUUAUUCUUAUUAUUAUUAUUCUUAUUCUUCUU